AUGCUGUUUCUGCUAAUGGUGCUGACGGCGUGUGUGAGUUUCUGUGCAGUGGGUAGAACCUUCCACCCGCCCCCGCCGCCCCCAGCCGCCCCCGCCGCUCUCAAAGCGCGUUAUGACGCUAAUUCUCGCAGCCGGAAGCCUCCUGCCAUGUUUCUGAGAGGGCCGCAUCGCUUUCUGUCACAGAGCGCCGACCAGGAGCGCCUUCCCUUCCUGGGUUCCCAGGGGGGCCCAGGCCAGGGCUGGAGGGUCGACUUCCGGCCCCGCUCGGCGGGUGUAUGUGCUUCCUUGGCCGUUUCUGGCCCCGUCGUCUGCGCCCGGGUGCCUGGCUGGCCCCUGUCUUUCCCUGGAGCUGGUGGUUCCUUCUCUCCUCUGGCAGGGGAUGAGGGCUUAAGGAUUUGGGGUUCUUAA